AGUAGAGGGCGCACCCUAUCAACUUCACUGCUUGAUUCUGGUGUAUUCGAUUUCCAUCUUUCUGCAGCCGGCAUUGCCAACAUAUUUAGCGACUUUUCAGACACCCCUAGCGACUUUUUUUUUCCAAAAAAAAAAAAAAGCGAGUAGCGACAAAUCUAGCGACUUCUUGGACAAACCCUAGUGAGUCUCUGUGAUCGCUGGUACUGCCGCCCCGGCGCGAGGUCAGCGCGCACGCACCUCUUUCUCUGCAUCUGCUCUGUUCAGCGAGCGGCUGAGAGGAGCAGCCCGUGCAGUUAAAAUAGAUAUUAUGUUGCUUCUCUAAUUUUACAUGCAAAUAUAGCCAAAAUCACAGCACAGGAAUUGUUUUUGUCUUGUCUUAUGUGUAUUAUUUGAUUUCAUCAGACGACGGCUCAAUUAUAAAUCAGGAUUAAUGUCUUGGAAGGGAUAGCUGGUUAUGCAGUCUUAAAGGGCCGCGUUUCAGUCAUCAUUUCAUAUUUAUUCUGUUGUCUGACAACAGAAACCGUAAAAUAUAUAAAUGAAAACAGUUUUAUUGAGAAUUCGGAUGCAUUAAAAUACAGUAUGUGAGCACAGGGAGACAAACAAAAGGCAAUAAGACGGCGAUGACAUCAUGAAUAUGCUAAUUAGCAUAUGACAUCAUCUAGCGACAUUUAGCGACUUUUCAAACUUGCUUUAGCUACUUUCCAUUGAAAGAAGUUGGCAACACGGCGUUAUUCCCACGAGCUUCUUAACACCCUAAAGCUCCCCAAAGCUAUGUCUGGAUAUACUGCUGGACAGUGUUUCAUGUAUUUCUGCUGCUCUCUGCUCUCCUUUGUGCCUUCUUGCCAUGCCUUUAACGACGCAAUCUCAGAAAAACAAGAAAGGAGUGUUCCACAAAUGUUUGACCAAUUUACUGAAUUGCGGGAUGUGGUUUUUGUGAUACAGAGCCAGAAAAACUCAUAUCACACCUACAGGGCUGAACAAAGAAGAACAGAGCUUCUCCAUCAGGCUCAAACCUUAAACCAGAGUUCACCAGAUGUUGUGCUCCUUCACAAGCUGUCAGACUAUGAUGGAAACUGGAGCAUUCUUCCGGCACUGCCACACCUUGCCUCACAAUACUGUCAAACAUCUUCGUGGAUUGUGUUUUUGGAAGAAGAGACCAACGUGAACUUACAUAACCUUCUGCAGGUGCUGAGUAAAUUCAAGACAAGAAAGGAGUGGUUUCUGGGCAGACCCCUCCAUGAUGAUGAACCAACAAUUAUCCACCACUAUGCUUUCUCAGAGGACCCCUACAGCUUCACUUAUCCUGACUUCAUGGCUGGCUGGGCCCUCAGUUGCCCCCUGGCUAAGCGAACCGCAGAACGUGUGAAUUAUGAGCCGCCCAAAUCAGAUUUCACGAUUGACCUUCAACAUGAGAUUGCCCUCUACAUUUGGGAGGGAGGGAGUGGUCCUACUUUGACUGCGGUCAAUGAGUUUUGCUCAAAGCUACACAGCUCGUCCUCAACAGGAGAUUGUGCUACGACCGUCAACACCUUGUCCGCUUGUGGAAACCCUGUGCAGAAGGAGGACGUCUUUGUUGCUGUUAAAACAUGUCAAAGAUUUCAUGGAGAUAGAGUUCCUUUAGUCAAACAAACUUGGGAAAAGGAUGCUGCCUCGUUGGAGUACUACAGUGACAUCGCAGACCCAUAUAUACCCACAAUCCACUUGGGAGUCCCUAACACAGAGAGAGGGCACUGUGCAAAAACAUUUGCCAUCCUGAAGAGGUUUGCGAGUGGGGCAGUAACAAAAGCACCUUGGUUGCUCAUAGUGGAUGAUGACACACUGAUCAGUCUUCCCAGACUGCGGAGGCUGCUGGGUUGUUAUGAUCCAAAUGAAGCUGUGAGUGUUGGAGAACGUUACGGCUAUGGGCUUAGCAGGGACGGCUACAGCUACAUCACUGGAGGUGGAGGGAUGGUGUUCAGUAGAGUAGCGGUGCAGAAUAUUUUGGCUGGUGGCUGCAGCUGCCGCAGUUCGGAUGCCCCUGAUGACAUGGUGAUAGGGAUGUGUCUGACCACACUGGGACUCCCGGUCACACACAGCCCGCUUUUCCAUCAGGCUCGUCCACAAGAUUACAUAAAAGAGCUUCUGGCACGACAGAGCCCAAUAUCCUUCCACAAACACUGGAACAUCAACCCUGUGGCCGUAUACCAGCACUGGCUUACAGAGUCAAAUCUGAGGAGACCGCACUCACUCACAGAGACCAGAGAGGAUCUGUAGAUGGAGCUUAUGGAGUGUGUGUAUUUAAUUUAAUAAUUUGAUACUGUAGAAGCAUUGAAAUAACCAUGCAAUCGAAAUUAACCCUAUAUAUAUUUUGUUAAAUGCAUUCCUCAUAUUAAUCUAAACAAUUCUUUGGUUCAUGUUAUUCUAAAAAUUCAUAUCACAGUCUGAUAAAUUUCCCACUCAAUUUUUCAUGGUCAUGGUUUCAUAUUGACCUUAAAGGGUUACUCCACCCCAAAAUGCAAUUUUU